AUGGACACAUUACACCGCAUAACAACCACAUUUGAAAACGUAAGAAAUUCAAUAAAAAACAAGAAUUCAGUAGAACGUCUGCAGAGCCUCAAGCGCAACAUUCAGAACUUGGGCACCGAGCUAGUGGUGCUCGGCAAGGAGAAUCAUGACAGCUUCGUGCGGUCGCUGGCCAUGGAGGGCUACCUCGCCCUGCUCUCCGCCAAGACCAUGCCAAUCACUAUCGUGGAGAAGCGCAACAUCCUCCAGGUAGCCUUUGACAAACUCAGACCCUACGCAUUUAGAGAAGAGUGCCUGUUCAUCUUUCUCAGACUUCAAAACCUCCUGUGCUAUUACCUCAUCCAGCUAGAGCAGACCGCACUCGCCCGUGACAUCCUCGAGAGCAUGGAAGACCUGUACGACAAGAUCAGCAAGGCGCAACCCGAUAAGUACCUCGACGCUGAAGACUUGUUUACGACAGAAUUGCUCGACAACAUCAAGAGGGUGAAUCCCGAGAAGAUCGAUAAAAUAAUAACGAACAACGUCCAGAUGCAAGCCUUUCUUUACAACAAACUCAAUUUAUCGGACAGGUAUGUGUUGUACAACCACACGGCACUACGACGACAGCUCGAGAUGAAGGAAGGCACGCCGCAGGACUGGGCGCUGCGCACUGCGCGGCUAGGUAACUACUUUACAUAUCUCAACCAGCUGGGCAACGCGCGGCAUCACCUGUGCGCGGCCUACCACGUGUUACGCACUUGCCACGACAACUGCAAGCUCAUGCCAGCCGAGUUCGUCUUACAAAAAGCCGACUUCGAGAUGCACUUCCUCGAACUCAGUCACCACUGGGUCAAGUACGGCUUAUCUCUAUUCAAGAUAUCGAAGAAAAAAGUCUUGAAUCGGUAUUUUGCGCAGCAGCCGACCUCGUCUGCCGACUUGUGGAAAUCCGUCGAUUUAGUCGACGUGCAGAUGGAAUCCGGGAAACUUGAGGACGAAAAUAUUAAAGACGCGGGGGCCGAGAAAAAUGGAAAGGGAGACGGCACCACCGAAAAAUUGUUCACUUUCCCCACACUCGACUUAAAGGAUAUGGAGGCAAAGGUUCCGCUUGAAACCGUAGGAAGCGUGGAAGAAGCGCGCAAGUUAUUCGGUUUCACACACAAGUGGUUGAUGCGAGCUAAGCACUACUAUGAUUUUGAGCAUCAAUCAGCGCAGUACAUCUCAUGUUCCCUGCAGCUGGCGGAGCUGUACGAGCACCUGGCGUUCUUCGAGAGGAACAUAGACAAUCAGUACAGCAUACAGAAGCGCCGAGCUGACGUGCUUGAAAAUCUCAACUCGUUGCUGAAGUCGUGCGACAACGUGAUGUCGGUGCACAUCGACGUGAUCCGAGAGCUGUCCCAGGUGCAGCUGGAGCUGAUGGCACUCAACCUGCAGAAGUUAUGGCGUGAGGAGUCGCAGACAAAUAUAUUGAACCUUGAUAAUGAUGCUGACUCCAUUAUUAACUCUUUGGACUCCGAAUCGAAUAAAACGUUGACGGAAAAAACGCUGAACGUAACGUCGAAGAACCUCUUCCUGAGAAAGAUGGAGGCGGCAACGGCGAUCAACAGCAAGUUAUUCCGGCUGAGCGGGCAGCUGGCGGCGCAAACGCCCUCGCAACUCAGCUUCGGUACAGGCCCACUUAAGAACUAG